UUAGUUUCCUCUUCCACAUUUCAAAUCUCUCCCUCUCUCUCUCUGAAUUUGAAGUGUCGAUGGAUUGAAACGAUAAAGGAGAUUACCGUCAAAGACGAUUGAAUCAGUUGAGAAAUCGAUAAAUGCAAUUACAAUGACAUCAUUUUUCCCGCCAGAAACGGUUGAAUCAGUUAAACGAGAACUAGGCAAAUCGGAUUUCACGCCGAGAAAACUGGUUUUCACGGAGUUCGGCUUGUCUCCGGUCGUCAGUGCCUCUCCGCUGCAUAAGUCGCCUCACGAGAGGCUCCUCUUGCAAACCAAGCUACAUGUGCUUCCGCGUUCUCCAUUAUCCUUUAAGAAGUCAGAGUCUCCUAGAAUAUCUCUGCCACAGGCUAGAACCAAAAUAAUUAAUGGCACUCCAAAGAGUCAUAGGCAGUGUCAUUGCAAGCAAUCAAAAUGCUUAAAGUUGUACUGCGAGUGCUUUGCUUCUGGAUCAUAUUGUGAUGAAUGCAGUUGUGCUAAUUGUCAUAAUAAUGUGGAGAAUGAGGAUGUGAGGAGAGAAGCUGCUGAAUGCAUCCUAGAACGUAAUCCAAAUGCUUUCAAACCAAAAAUAACUGGCAGUCCGUGUACUCCUCCAGACGAUGGGGAUGCGGCAAAAGAUGUUUUGGUAAUGGCUAAACACAUCAAGGGAUGCCACUGUAAAAGAACUGGUUGCCUCAAAAAGUAUUGUGAGUGCUUUCAAGCAAACAUUCUCUGCUCUGAAAAUUGCAAAUGUGUCAGCUGCAAAAAUUUGGAAGGACGUGAGCUAGGAAUGGUUGUUACCUCGGAAAAUCAUUGUAAGACCAAAGCCUACAUUCAGCAGGAAAAUGCUAAUUCAUCUAGUGCUGUUGUAUCCUCAAGCCAUAUCUUCUCUCAAGAAUCCAGGAAAAGAACAUUUCGAGAACUAUUUGAUUCAAACAUGAGAGAUACAGAAAUUCAUGAGUUUACAAAACAUUAUGCGGUUAAUCCAGUUGGAGUUCAUGUUUCAAUCCCAACCUUACGUGCUGAUUGUGUUUGUCAAAUUGCUAGUUCUGCAGCAUUGGGCUCUUCAAAGCUUACAUACAGAUCUCUCUUAGCAGAUGCUAUUCAUCCAUUGGACACUAGAGAGCUCUGCUCACUUUUGGUGGUUGUAUCAGAAGCUGCAAAGUUUCUUGCUGACGAACAUUGCAAGGCACAGAUAAAAGAAGUAAAAGAAUACCAGAUGGCCUGUGAUCUUGAGAAAGAUUGCAAGAAAGAACCUGAUGUUCAUCAAGUUGUGCCUCAUAACCAAUUUCCUGGGAGCCGAACUGAUAUAACAGUCAUGGAUAAUUCCAGAUCUUGUGACAUUGACAUGCAGGAUGGAGGGCCGUUUUCAUCUGAAGAAGAUUACUUGAUGUGCGACAAGAAAGACAAAUUGUUCACAAGAUCUGCUUCCCUAGACCAAAAUCUGAAUCAUGGAUGCAAUGAAAAUUUCACGAAGGAGCAUGAAAGACUUGUUUUGACAUGUUUACGGGAUUGUCUUGGAAAGCUCAUCGCUUUUGGAACAAUGAAAGGGAGUCGGUUCGAACAUCUUAGCACUUGCAACAUCAAAGCAAGACCUGAAACCUGAUUGAGAAAGCUACUGCAAUGACAUGGUAGAAUCUCAUGGCGGAGAUGACCCUGAAGCAUUUCGUCCUGAAGCAAUGUUAUCGCCACCUAGUGGUCACAGUCGACCAUAGAAAGCUGUGUUUUUCCAUCAUCUCAUGCACGUCACAUACAAUCAAAAUUGGACAAAAUAUCCAUGAACUUCAGUUGGGAUAAAAGGUACUGUAGAUGGUUGCAUCGACUGAAAAAGGUGAUAUACGUCAACAUCUUUUCAACACUGGUUCAAUUCAAUAGCCUUCUGAUGUAAUAAAAGUAGGGAAUAGUCAAUCUCAUUGCAAGAGUCGUUUUUGUCAGGAGUAAAUCACAUUACAAUCCAUCUAUUUUCCAUGCCCUUUUUGUAGAAAAACUUUGAUUCGUUUUAAUCAAUCCUUCUAUUCUUGUGUGAA